AUGGAUUCCGAACGACAAAUCCCAAAAAUCGAAGUAGAAUCCAAGGAAGAUGUACCAUACAUUCAAAGAAACAUACUCAAAGCAGCCCUGGAAGAAGUGGAUAAAUCCUUAGGAACGGGUUGUGACGCCAAGUUAAAAGAGACGGUUACGACACUGGUGAAAGAGUGGGUUGACAAUACUUUCAAGUUGGCAACGCCGAACAUUGUCGUCAACAGAAUAAAUUACAAAGAAGCCAUAAACGAAGACGAGUAUGAACCAUUUGACGAGGCUCUUUAUCAAGAGCAAGUGGCAUUAAAAAAAAGAGUAGACGAUCUCCAAAUGGAGUUGGCCGAACGUUAUAAGCGUGUUCCGCAGGAUAUUAAACUAUUGAUGGAAGGAGCAUUGAAAAGGCAAUCUGCCGCCGUCAUGAACGUUGAAUUCACUGGUUUGGAUGACGAUUGCGUGAAUGAAAGUGAACUGUUAGAAAAAGAAACGCCAAAGCGUGAUCAAUUUGUAGCAAAAUAUCGCGAUAUCAUCAGUACGGUUAACAGGCUUAAUAACGAAAGUUUAUCCAAAAUUGCCAAAUUGGAACAAGCGAGAGAUCUCGUUGAUGCAUGUUUUGAAAGUAAAUAA